UAGGUAAGGAGUUGAAUGUCAGUUAUUUCUGUAAAAACUAGAAGUUUCUAAAAUGAAAAUCUUAUUUCUACUUCUUACAAGCUUAACUUUUUGUUAUUCUCAUAACUUUCUCGUAGUUUCUCCAGUUUUUGGAUACAGUCACAUGAAAUUUAUGAAUAAAGUAGCGGAUACUUUGGCCAACGGAGAUCAUAAUGUGACAAUUCUUCAAACAUACAAUUACGAACAUUUUGGUAAAAUCCGUAUGGCAAAGAAUACAAAUGUCGAGAUCCUAGACUAUCAUCUCGACGAAAGCAAAGCGGUCAGCAAUGAAAACUCUGCAAGUGCCUUCAAAUACAUGUGGAAUACCGAAAUAAUUAAUAAUCCAAUUACUGGAGCUAUAGCAACUUCAACAGUUCUAUAUGGCGAAAUGAAGACAAUGUGUGAAAAGGUUCUUCUUGACAAAAAACUACACAAAUGGAUUCUCUCGAAAAACUUUGAUGGAUUUAUUUCCGAGCCAUUCGAUUUUUGUGGUCUUUAUCUUGGAGAUCACUUGAAGCUUAACAUAAUUCCAAUGCAUUCUUCAACUAAAAGUCUUCCAUCUGUUUACGCAAUUGGGGAACCAUCAUUGCUUAAUUUUUUACCAUCCAUGAGGACAAAGUUCGGAACGGAGCAAACUGUUUUUGAUCGAAUCGGUGACAUCAUUGCUCUUCCAUGUCUCGAACUCGCAUUCUCGAAGCUUUUCGAAAAACAAUACAAACAAGCAUCUCAACUUUUGAAUGGGGAUGUUCGACACUGGAAGGAAAUUCUUCAGACUGCCACGUUUUAUUUUUCGAAUGCCAAUGAUUUUAUUGCAUUUCCAACACCAUCACUUCCAAAACAUGUACACAUUGGAGGAUUCACAAUUGAUCCACCAAAAAAUCUGAAAUUAGAAGAGGAAUAUAACAAAAUUCUGAGUCUUCGAAAAUCAACAGUCCUUAUUUCAUUUGGAACCGUAAUUCAAUCAGCGGAUAUGCCAGAAAGUUUUAAAGAUGGGAUUAUCAAAAUGUUCCAUCUUCUACCAGAUACCACUUUCAUCUGGAAGUAUGAAGUAGAAGAUCAACAAUUCAUUGAAAGGCUCCCGAAUAAUGCGAUUCUGAAGAAAUGGGUUCCUCAGCCAGCUCUGCUUGCUGAUCCUCGACUGAAACUCUUCGUAACUCAUGGUGGUCUCGGCAGUACUUUAGAAGUUGCAUACUCUGGAAAGCCUGCCCUAAUGAUUCCAGUGUUCGGAGAUCAAUUAUUGAAUGCAAAAAUGUUGAGUAGACAUGGUGGUGCUACUGUUUUUGAUAAAUAUGAUUUGGAAGAUGCCGAAAAAUUGACAUCUGCAAUUAAAGAGAUUAUCGGAAAUGAAGAAUUCAACAAAAAAUCACAUCAUAUUGCUGAUCUUCUAAGAAAUCAACCAAUUGAUCCAAAAGCAAAUCUUCUGAAACACGUGGAGUUCAGUGCAAAAUUUGGAAGAGUUGAUGCUUUGGAACCAUACAAUGUUCACUACAACUUUGUUCAGUACUACAUGUUAGAUGCUUUUGCCAUUAUUUUUUCAAUUUUAAUCAUUAUCUUUUAUUUAGCACAUUUACUUUUCAAAUUUGUUUACAAACACGUUUUCAAGACAAAAUCAAAGAAAGAGUAGUUUUAAAAAGUUUUAUUUGCUAUCAAUUUGUAUCUCUUGUUGAUUUAAUUCAUAUUUGAGCCUUAAUAAACUGUCUAAUCUGCUUU